AAAAAGUUUUCACAUUUAUUUUCAUUUCAUAAUUCAUUUGUGUUUUCAUCACAUUAUCGACAACUAUAUUGAGAAAAGUUAUCAUAUUUUUUUGUGUUGAACAAAGUUUUCUUAUAAAACCGUAACUUUUGUUUUCUGUCAAAACCAAAAAUCUUGCGCUAAUUUUGCGAUCCGUUUGAGCGAUCGGUGCGCCAAAAAAGAUAUGCCCAAAGCGUUUCUGAUCCGCAAGAAGUCUUCGGGACGCGACCACUGGAGACCAGUCACACCGCCUCCGAGUCCCGAUGAAGAAGACAUCUGUCAUACCAGGGAUUUACCAAAAGAAGACCGGAUUAACAGCAAUAAACUCAUCAGAGAAUUGCCGCUAAAGAUCGACCACUCGUCAAACCAUGCCUUCAGCCCAUCAUAUAAUGGUGUCAUAUUGUCCUCGCCUUCAAGUUGUUGUACGAGUGAUAGUGACAACGAUUUCAGAGGCUUUCAAUCGGAUAAUAAAAGAGCAGCACUUGAACGAGAGGAAAAUCACAGCACGAAAACAGUCUCUGCUGUCAGAAGAGUAUCCGUUAUUCACACCAUUCAUAAGCCCUCAGCAAUCAUCGAAUCGGUUGAAGAUUCCUUAGACUCCACCCCAGACUUGCCUAUACCUCCCGUCCAAAUCAUUGCACAACGUUUAGGACUACCCGUACAUGUGAUCGGGUCGUUAGAGUUCGUCAAUGGAGGCCACGGUAUCAAAAACCCAUUGACUACCAAUGCUGGCCAUCACACCAAAGGCUCGCCAGUGAUCGCCGACAAUGAGCCCGAAGAUCCGCUCAAAUGCCAGGUUUGCGGCAAACGAUUCACUUUAGCGCGACUUCUGAACCGACACCUGAAAUGUCAUUCAGACGUCAAACGCUAUUUGUGCACAUUUUGUGGCAAAGGCUUCAACGAUACGUUUGAUUUGAAACGACACACCCGAACCCAUACCGGAGUGCGUCCCUAUCGGUGCAACUUCUGUGAUAAAUCAUUUACACAGAGAUGUUCUCUGGAAUCGCAUACACUUAAAGUGCACGGAAUUGCACACGAAUAUGGAUAUAAGGAGAGGAGGAAUAAGGUCUAUGUCUGCGAAGAAUGUGGCAAUACAACAAACCAACCCGAGACACAUUACAUGCAUCUGAAAUGUCAUCACCCGUACAGUCCAGCUUUGGCUAAAUUUUACGACAAACGGCACUUCAAAUUCAAUGACAACGAAUUCCCAUUCAAAGAAUAA